GGAUAAAGCUACUUGUACCCCAACUUUUUGUACGCCAAUUUGUACCCUGCAGUUUCACACCAACAUUUUGUGUUGGUGUAAAAUUAAUUUUUGUUAACGCACCAACACUUUGUGUCCAUGUAAAUUUUUGUUAACGCACCAACAUUUGUGUCGGUGUAAACCAUCCAAAUGUUUGUAUAUAACUGCGGUGUACAAAUGAGAACCAAACACGGCGUAACAUACAACAGAUUCUGGGCUGUAAGAGAUUUUGCUGAAAAUGAGUGUUUCUCUAUCAGUGAUGACAUUUAAUCUUCUUGAAGAUCAGGGAUUAGAGAGCCCUAAUGCGUGGGAUAAGAGGAAAGAUUUGUGUAUCAGUGUCAUCACCAGUUACUCUCCCAUGAUUCUUUGUACUCAACAAGGUGUGAAGUCACAGCUGGACUAUCUCCAACAAUGUUUGCCAGGUUAUAAUCAAUUUGGAAUUUCAAGAAAAGGUGCUGAGGACACUUCAGAUCAGUAUUGCACCAUUUUUUAUGACAAAGAAAAGGUGGAGCUUUUGGAAGGUGGAACAUUUUGGAUGUCAGAGUCACCUUCAGUGCCGGGAAGCAUGUCUUGGGGCUCCAUAGUACCGUGCAUUGCGACUUGGGCAAUAUCCUUUUUUGUUGUUUCUUUAACCUUUUUCUGUACUAUUUCUAAACCUACAAUUGCAUUUUCUGCUUGGAAAUGCUAUGCGAGUUUUUUUUCCCUUGACAAGAUUGUGCACACAUUUCAACUAAAAAGGGUCGAGGCGCCCGGUUUUACAUUUCAGAUAGUAAAUACAAACAUGGAUGAGUUCUCUCCGCGCGCUAGAAGGCGGGGCGCUUUGCUGACGUGGCAACACAUUGCAUCCUUACCUCCUACCUUGUCUGUCGUGUAUUGUGGAGGUUUCAACACACAGAAAGAGUCAACUACAGGACGUUUUCUUCUUGGGAGAUCCAGAGAACACGGAGUUCUUGGCGAUAUGAGGGAUGCUUGGCCCAAUGCUCGUACAAGGAAAAACACGUCCCUUAUACGCACUUAUCAUGGAUUCAAAGGUGACAAACAGGGGCCUGUGGAGCAUAUGAAACUGAUUCUAAGAGCUCUUUGCCUUUGCUGGGACCGGCAAACGCAAGAUCUUCAUGUGGACUGGGUACUGUUCAGAGGCAGAUCUCUUAUGCCCGCCUCGUGCCAAGUCGUGAACGACAACAUUGAUGGGUUUUACCCCUCUUCUCACUACCCAAUAUUUGCCGAGUUCAUGCUUCCCCGUUCUGUGAGAUUGGUCGAAACGCCUGCUCAUGAUGCUGGGAACUGAGGGGGAUGGAGUGAACUUUUUUUAUUUAUAUUAGUUUUUGUCAAUAUUUGUAAAAAAAAUGAGGGGGGGGGG